UUCAGUGGGCCCCACCCACCAUCGCGCAGGAACUUCCUGCAAAAGGCUUUCGCAGGAAAUCUGCGUCCGUUGAGAAGACUCUAGCCAUCCAACCAGUGGCAACGAAACGGGAAGUUGCGGUCGAAAUUCCACCUGUGUAAAUCGGACGGAGUAAGAUUACGUUGCCGGAAAGGUCGUAUAUAAUCCGAUACAAAUUUCGGGUCGGGCCAAAGGUGAAGAGAAGAAAGAAGAAAUCUCAAAUCUCUCUGUCAAUCGCGAUGGAGGGCGGAGGAACGCUUUCAGAAAUCCACCAGAGAUCGAUGCGUCUGCUUCUUCGAACGCGAGAUGGACUGGAGAGGCUCGAACGCCUCAAUUCAUCUUCCUCUAUCUCCCCGAGCGCCGUCGAUUCUCCCGAACUCGUCUUCUCUAUCAAGAAAGACAUCUCUCAGAUCCAAUCCCUUUGCGUCGAGAUGGACCGUAUGUGGCGCUCCGUCGCCAACAAAGGCCAAAGAGAUCUCUGGAAAAGAAAAGUGGAGCACAUAGCAGAAGAGUGUGACUCUUUGAAGGAAAGCCUGGACAAACAUUUACUACGCAAUCAGAAAAGGAUGCAGGAAGCUAAAGAGAGAGCACAAUUACUGGAAAGAGUUAACGGGGACAAUGCCCAUGUUCUAAGAAUUUUUGAUGAGGAAGUACAAGCGAUGCAGUCAGCACGGAAUUCAUCCUUAAUGCUGGAAGAAGCAUAUAAUACUGGAGUGGCCGUUCUCACAAAAUAUGCAGAACAAAGGGAUCGUUUGAAGAGAGCGCAACGGAAAGCAUUGGAUAUCCUGAACACAGUGGGCCUCUCUAACUCUGUGUUGAAGCUUAUAGAGAAGCGGCAUCGGGUCGAUAAGUGGAUUGCCUAUGCAGGUAUGAUAACGACUAUCAUUGUUGUGUAUGCAUUUUGGCGGUGGACGCAUUGAUUGCAGAGGUUCUGCAUGCACAUGGGGGCACAUUAUUAUAUUAUUUUUCUUCUUUCUUUUCUUUCCUUUUCUUUUUGUUCAGUGGUUUCUGUGGCUUGAGAAAAGAUCAAUCACGAUCAGUGAACAUAGUUUAAACAGAUCUCAACCAUUUAUGAAAAGGUGAAAUGUCAGUGCGGGGUCACUAAGAAGUUUCCAGUUUAAAAUGACUGUUCGGUCUUAAGGCGUUUGGAUGCACUUCCACCGAAGGGUUUUUCA